CAUAAAUAAAAAAUGGAAAAAUAAUCCAUCCAUCGCUAAGAGAGAAAGAAAGAGAGCCAAAAAUUCUGAGAAAAAAAAAAAAAAAAAAACGUUCGAAGGUUCUGUUUUUUGAGAUUUCUCUCUUCGAUCUCAGGGCUCUCUCCCUUUGAUCGAACCCUAAUUCUCCAAAUUCGCAAUAAUCUUUUUCCUGAAUCAGAUCACUCUGUGAAGCUUUUAUCUGUAUAUGAAUUCAUCGUCAUCACUGAUAAAUUUCCGAUCUCUGAUUUCACUUUGUGUUCUGAAGGUAACGAUUAUUUGAUACGUGUAGAAGGAGAAGGUAUCUGAUUCCAUGGCGUGUGUGAAAGGGGUGAAUAGAUCGGCUUCGGUGGCUCUGGCGCCGGACGCUCCUUACUUGGCGGCGGGGACCAUGGCUGGAGCAGUGGAUCUGUCCUUUAGCUCCUCCGCGAACCUUGAGAUCUUCAAGCUUGAUUUCCAGAGUGACGAUCGUGAGCUUCCCAUCGUAGGUGGGUCCCCGAGCUCAGAGCGAUUCAACAGGCUUGCUUGGGGCAAGAACGGAUCUGGUUCUGAGGACUUUGCGCUUGGACUCAUUGCUGGUGGCCUUGUUGACGGCAACGUUGAUAUCUGGAAUCCACUCGCGCUGAUCCGAUCUGAGCCCAGUGAAGGAGCUGUUGUUGGACAUCUUUCAAGGCACAAAGGGCCUGUUCGUGGUCUUGAGUUCAAUGCUAUUGCUCCAAACUUACUAGCAACUGGGGCUGAUGAUGGUGAAAUCUGCAUUUGGGACUUGGCAGCGCCUGCAGAACCGUCACAUUUUCCACCUCUGAAGGGUAGUGGUUCUGCUGCUCAAGGUGAAAUUUCUUUUGUUUCUUGGAAUAGCAAGGUUCAACAUAUAUUAGCAUCCACUUCAUAUAACGGAACAACUGUGGUUUGGGACUUGAAGAAGCAAAAACCCGUCAUAAGUUUUACAGAUUCCAUUAGAAGACGCUGCUCUGUCUUGCAGUGGAAUCCAGAUGUAGCGACUCAGCUUGUUGUUGCAUCAGAUGAUGAUGGUUCACCUUCUCUGAGGCUUUGGGAUAUGCGGAAUGUAAUGUCACCAGUAAAAGAGUUUGUGGGCCACACUAAAGGUGUAAUUGCAAUGUCAUGGUGUCCCAUAGACAGCUCCUAUUUGAUUACCUGUGCAAAAGAUAAUCGUACCAUUUGCUGGGACACGGUUACUGGAGAGAUUGCUUGUGAAUUGCCAGCUGGUACCAACUGGAACUUUGAUGUACACUGGUAUCCGAAAAUACCUGGUGUUAUAUCAGCAUCUUCCUUUGAUGGAAAAAUUGGAGUUUACAAUAUUGAGGGUUGCAGCCGGUAUGGUGUAACAGAGAGUGAUUUUGGUGCAGUGCCUUUGAGAGCUCCAAAAUGGUAUAAACGUCCUGUUGGGACAUCUUUUGGUUUUGGGGGUAAACUUGUCUCUUUUCAUCCUCGGCCAUCUGCUGGUUCAGAGGUUCUUGUGCAUAAUUUGGUUACUGAAGAAAGUUUGGUUAGCCGCUCAUCUGAAUUGGAGGCUGCAAUACAGAAUGGGGAGAGGCCUUCAAUAAGGGUUUUAUGUGAGAAAAAAUCUAAGGAGUCUGAAUCUGAAGAUGACCGGGAAACUUGGGGCUUCUUGAAGGUAAUGUUUGAAGAUGAUGGUACAGCUAGGACAAAAUUGCUCAUGCAUCUUGGUUUUAGUUUACCUACAGAAGAAAAAGACACCACUGCAGAAGACCUCUCUCAGGGAGUAAAUGGUGUUAUACUUGGGGAUAAAGUGGAAGAUAAAGUUGAAUAUGAUGCACAGAAAGAAGAUACCAUCUUUGCUGCUGAUAAUGGGGAAGAUUUCUUUAACAAUCUUCCAAGUCCCAAAGCUGAUACACCUGUGUCAGCUUCUGCUAAUAACUUUACUGUUGAGAGUUCUACUGCAAAUGAUCAAGUGCAUGAAGAACCAGAAGAACUGGAAGAUGGUGCUGAUCCAUCAUUCGAUGAUGCUGUUCAACGUGCUUUGGUUGUUGGAGACUACAAGGGAGCUGUUGCUCUUUGUGUAUCAGCAAAUAAAAUGGCUGAUGCUUUAGUUAUUGCUCAUGUUGGUGGCACUUCCUUGUGGGAGAGCACACGUGAUCGGUAUCUCAAGAUGAGCCACUCACCUUACCUGAAGAUUGUCUCUGCAAUGGUGAACAAUGAUCUCAUGAGCCUUGUAAACACUAGACCUUUGAAAUUCUGGAAGGAAACUCUUGCUCUCCUCUGUACAUUUGCACAAAAAGAGGAAUGGACUGUGCUGUGUGACACACUAGCUUCAAAACUAAUGGGUGCUGGUAAUACUCUGGCAGCAACUCUUUGUUAUAUAUGUGCGGGUAAUAUUGAUAAGACAGUGGAGAUUUGGUCAAGGAGCUUGGCAAAUGAACAUGAGGGAAAAUCUUAUGUUGAUCUUCUUCAGGAUCUGAUGGAAAAGACUAUUGUCCUUGCUUUGGCAAGUGGGCAGAAACGAUUCAGUGUGCCUCUCUGCAAGCUUGUUGAGAAAUAUGCUGAAAUUUUGGCUAGUCAAGGGCUUCUCAGUACAGCUUUGGAGUACUUGAAACUCCUGGGAUCUGAUGAAUUGUCACCUGAACUUGUGAUCUUAAAAGAUCGUAUCACUCUGUCUACAGAACCUGAGAAAGAAACUAAAUCCAAUGCUUUCGACAACUCUCAACUACAUGGUGGAUCAGUCUUUCAGCCUUCACAGCAAAUUUAUCCGGAUUCAGCUUCAUCACAAGUUCAACGAAGCAUUCCUACUCCUUAUGAUGAUAACUAUCAGCAACAAUUUUCUCCCUAUGUGGGAGGAUAUGCUCCUCCUGCUACUUAUCAACCUCAGGCACCACCUGCUAAUAUUUUUGUCCCAUCACAGGCUCCUAAUGUCACACAGGCAAAUUUUGCUCCUCCUCCUGCCACCACUCAGCCUGCAAUGAGACCUUUUGUCCCUUCCAAUCCUCCUGCUCUAAGAAAUGCAGACCAAUAUCAGCAGCCACCCACAUUGGGUUCUCAGCUAUAUCCUGCUUCUGCAAACCCUACUUAUCCUGUUCAACCAGGACCUGCUGCACAUAGCCCUGCCCCUCCACUAGGGGGCUUGGUUCCUGGCUUAAAAAUGCCACCUGCUGUAGCGCCCAACCCAACAUCUACUGGUUUUAUGCCAAUGCCCCAUUCAGCUGUUGUUCAAGGCCCUGGAAUGGGUACAACUCAACCACCCAGCCCUGCACAGCAGCCAUUGGUACAACCAGCUGUGGCACCUGUAGCUCCACCACCAACUGUGCAGACUGUUGAUACUUCAAAUGCACCCGCACACUAUAGACCUGUAAUCACAACUUUGAGUAGGCUUUUCAAUGAGACAUCGGAAGCACUGGGAGGCUCACGUGCAAAUCCAGCUAAGAAGCGGGAAAUAGAGGACAAUUCAAGGAAAAUAGGUGCCUUGUUUGCCAAACUCAACGGUAAUGACUUAUCACCCACUGCUUCUGAUAAGCUUAUUCAGCUCUGCCGGGCUUUGGAUGGUAAUGAUUUCAGCUCAGCUCUACAAAUCCAGGUAAAUCUCACCACUACUGACUGGGAUGAGUGCAACUUUUGGCUAGCUACACUCAAACGAAUGAUUAAGACAAGGCAGAAUGUGAGAUAAGAAAAAGCUAAAAACAUCCACAAGUAUGUCAUCUCCAGCUAGCAGGUUUUCAUUUGUGUAGUAAUACACUUGAGGCUUGGAUCAGUCGUUGGACAUUCACAGGAAUGGUUUCUAUUGAUUGCAUACUUCAGGGUUUUGGUUCUUUGGUAUUCUACUUCCCUCCCACAAGAUAUUGACUUGGCUUUCGCAGUAAUUCUCUUUUUGAGAAGCAUCAGUUAGGGGGAGAUAGUUUUGGGACAAGUUUACGGUUUGUGGUUUUGUAUUUUUUGUAGUCUUAUCAAGAAAUUAGAGUCGGUUCUUUUUUAGUUCAUAAAUUCUUCACCCUUAAUUUUUUGGCUGAAUGCCAUAUUAGUGAGCCUUUUGUUUUAUAAGUACCUUGUCCAAUUUCUGCAUGGCCAUUAGCUGUAUAACCCACAUCCCUUGCACUUAUUACCAAAUUAAAAACACGGUUUUAUU